AUGAGCAUUGUCGUCGUGACCUUCAACUAUCGGGUUGGCCUGUAUAGGUUUUUGGCUAGUACUGAAGUUCAGGAGGAGCAUGCAAGUCUGAAUAAUGGCCUCAAGGAUCAGAUCAAGGCUCUGCAUUGGGUACAGGAACAUAUCGGCAAGUUUGAUGGCGACCCUAAUCAUGCCGUAUUGGGUGGUGACAGCGUCGGAGCAGCCUCGAUUACCCUCCUCCUGAAAGCCUAUCGCACUGGCUGCGCUGGUAACUCCGACACGCUGGCAUGCCUGCGCGCUCUGGAUACGGCAUCUCUACAACGAGAGAACUUCAAUAUCCCGUAUCCCAAUGCGCAGGAACCGCCAUUGUAUCUGUACGGACCAACAAUCGAUGGAAGCCUCGUAGAGGAUUACACGUAUCGACUCUUCGAAGAGGACCGAUUCAUCAAAGCCCCUGUCAUAUUUGGAGAUGACACGAACAAGGGAACAAUCUUUGUGCCAAGGAAUGUCUCCAGUGUGGAGGAAGCUGACAUGUUUCUCGUGGAUCAGUAUCCAGAUCUCUUAAAAAGUCGGCUGGAGCAGGUCAACUCCUGGUAUCUGACCAAGGAUAAGACGAAGACAUUCCGUGACCCAGGCCCAUACUGGCGAUCUACGAGCGAUGCAUAUGGCGAGAUACGUUACACCUGCGCCAGGAAUUUAUCUAUCUUCUCUCUAUUCCAGAGCUCACGUAAAGAGCUGGAAUUACCAGUAUGA